CAGAUAUUUUUACAAACAUGCCACGCAAGAAGGUAACAGAAGUCUCAGGGAAUGGUGGGAUCAAGAGGAAGAGGGCAGGAGGCAAAAAGAAGGAAAGGGAGUUCAGCAGUGAUGAUGAGUUUGAUGAUUAUGAAGAGCAGGAGAACACAAAGAAACCUGGCAAGCCUGCUACAAAGUCAGGCCUUCAACCUGUCACUGUCUCUGACGAUAUCAAGGAAAAAAUUGUAAGUCCACCUGACCUGCAUGAGGUUAAGUCGAACAUUGUUCAGAUAAUCAAGGGAGGGGGUUUGUGAUGUGACGAUAUAGAAUUGUGGUUAAUGUGAAUAGAAAAUGUAACAACAUGUUAUUAGUCACUUGUAAAUCAAGGGUGCUUAGGCAGUGCUAGAAUAAAACAUGAGAAACAUUAAGAGAAACGCUGAUCUCUGUAUUGUCAUUUCUAUAGAAACUUGACUUACCUAAAAUCAAAGGUCAACUGCUCAUUUUCGGAGCCACCAACUGGGAUCUCAUCGGAAGGAAAGAGGUGCCAAAAGCACAAGGUAUAACCCUGCCCAGUCCUGUACUGAAAACAUUGCUGUAUGCAAUACUCCACUCAGUUUUCCCUCAAUAGCACUUGUGCUACCAACUUUGAAAGUCGUUUUUCCUGUCUAUUUCUAAUGGCAAUCUUUAAGUAAUCCUCCUAAUUGACUGCAGUAUUGAAGUGUUCCUGUUUCUGAUCAAAUCAAACUUUAAAGUGCAUUUAAAAUUGAAAUAGACUUUAAAUUAAAAUGGUGGUGUGUGUGGUCUCUCAGCGGCCUUCAGGAACCUAGGCCAGAACCUGUGGGGUCCUCACCGCUAUGGCAGCAUGAGUGACGUGCAGGUCAGCAGUGUGGUGUCUGGGCCCUGUGCUGCCCACAGCCUCCUCAUCACCACCGAGGGCAAGCUCUGGAGCUGGGGUAGGAAUGCUAUACCGUAAUAGCUCAUAGUGUGUGUAUAUAUAUCUCAUAGAUCAUUCUAGCUGGUUUGAGUCUGGGAGAAAGGGUCAAUAUUGACUUCUUUCUGCCUCUAUCAGGUCGAAAUGAAAAGGGUCAGCUGGGUCACGGGGACACAAAGCGCCUAGAGGCCCCAAAGUUGAUUGAGGCCCUCGCAGACGAAGUGGUGGUGGCUGCAGCCUGUGGACGCAACCACACCCUGGCAUUGACAGAGGGUGGCACCGCCUACUCGUUUGGAGAGAACAAACUGGGCCAGCUGGGCCAGGGUAACCAAACUGAUGCAGUCCUCAGUCCAGCCCCGGUAAGCAACAUCAACCUCCCUAUUCAUCUGCCUCAUUAUUGUUGCUGCUUUAUUAUAGGUUUAAUAUGGCCACAUGGUGAGCCUGUGCUUAUCAAAGCUUCUCCUUGCCCCUCUCAGAUCCAGUACGAUGGGCAGCCCUUGGUCAAGGUGGCGUGUGGGGCAGAGUUCAGUAUGGUGGUGGACUGCAAAGGGAACCUCUACUCGUUCGGCUGCCCAGAGUAUGGCCAGCUAGGUAUGUCCUCAACUAACGAGCAGGACUGGACAGAUUUCAACUUUUUUUUAAAGUUUCACCGAAGUUUCUCUUUAAAGACGAAAGUUUCUCCAAUGACACAUUUAAAGAAUCACAAUGACCCCUUCAAAGAUCAUUCUAGAUCAAACACUGGCGUAGGACUUAUUUUUUCCUUGUGUUUUGGGUCACAGGACACAACUCUGACGGCAAGUUCAUUGCCCGCGCCCAGCGCAUCGAGUUUGACUGUGAGACCGUUGCACGCCGCGUGGCCAUCUUCAUCGAGAAGAGUAAGGACGGCCAGGUGACACCUGUACCUAACGUGGUGGUCCGCGACGUCGCCUGCGGAGGCAAUCACACGGUGAGGAGAGAAGACCAGAACCCAUAUUCAGUCUUGGAGAAAGAAUGCUGAUCUAGGACCAGUUUGGCCUUUUAGAUCAUAAUGAAUAAGAUUACAUGUACAUGAGGGACCUGAUUCUAGAUCAGCACUCCUACUCUGAGACGCUUUAUGAAUACGGGCUCUGAUCCCUGUCGUCACAAAUACCCCAUGAGCAAGAAAUGUGCAUUUUAGAAACAGAAAUCAAACAAUGAUAUUAUAUUAGUGAUGUCCCCCCCCCUCCCUUUGCAUAAUUGCUGAAUGAAGAGCAUUUGAGUCAUUUAAGACACUCUUAUCCAGAGCAACCUACAGCGUUCCCUUCAUGUUUAAUUAAUAAACCUGUAGAUGGAGACCUCUUCAAUCUGAUCGUUAAAUCUGGGCGCUAAAAGGGAGUUGAGCGGAGCUGAUAACAUUUUGGCCCUGUGUAGCUCAGUUGGUAGAGCAUGGCGCUUGCAAUGCCAGGGUUGUGGGUUCGUUUCCCACGGGGGGCCAGUAUGAAAAAUGUAUGCACUCACUAACUGUAAGUCGCUCUGGAUAAGAGCGUCUGCUAAAUGACUCAAAUGUAAUGUAAAAUGUACCGGCCUGUGUUUUAAAGGGAUAGUCCACUCAAAGUAUGAGUUUUCACUUGCAUUGGCUGUAGUUGAUUCGCGAAGACCGGUUUUUUUUUCUCUCUCACUUUUGUUUUGUUAGCACGAGGUAUGUAAACUGUGUGUGUGUGUGUCCAGCUGAUAUUGGACUCCCAGAAGCGGGUGUUUUCCUGGGGCUUUGGUGGUUAUGGACGGCUGGGUCACACGGAGCCGAAGGACGAGAUGGUGCCCAGACUGGUGAAGCUCUUUGACUUCCCCGGGCGCGGGGCAUCCCAAAUCUACACUGGCUAUCAGUGCUCCUUUGCUGUAAAUGAGAUGGGUAUGGGACACAAUGCUUAACCCCUUGGAAUGUCGCACUGAUGAGUAAAUCUCUUUAGAAUUAUUGUAUAUUUUAUUACCCCCAUUAUCAAUUUAUACCACUAUAAACCAAGAAUACUACCGUUACUUCCCCAAGUCUGUGUUGUAAUACCUGAUAUACACUGAGUGUACAAAACAUUGCUCUUUCCAUGACAGACUGACCAGGUGAAAGCUGUGAUCUCUUAUUGAGGUCACCUGUUAAAUCCACUUCAAUCAGUGUAGAUGAAGGGGAGGAGACUGGUUAAAGAAGGAUUGUUAAGCCUUGAGACAAUUGAGACAUGGAUUGUGUAUGUGUGCCAUUCAGAGGGUGAAUAGGCAAGACAAAAGAUUGAAGUGCCUUUGAACAGGGUAUGGUAGUAGGUGCCAGGCGCACUGGUUUGAGUGUGUCAAGAACGGCAGUGCUGCUGGGUUUUUCAUGCUGAACAGUUUCUCGUGUGUAUCAAGAAUGGUCCAUCACCCAAAGAACAUCUAUCGAACUUGACACAACUGUGGGAGGCAUUGGAGUCAACAUGGGCCAGCAGCCCUGUGUAACGCUUUCGAUACCUUGUAGAGUCCAUGCCCCAAUGAACUGAGGCUAUUCUGAGGGCAAAAGGGGUCAAUAUUAGGAAGGUGUUCUUAAUGUUUUGUACACUGAAUGUAUAUUGUAGUGAUUUCAAGGGGUAUCCCAAAUGGGAUUUGAACCUAGCAUCUGUCAGUCUAACACUGUAGCCAUUACGCUAAGAGUUGGACACUUUUGCCAAGGACACUGGUGUUUUUAAUAAGGAAGCUACAAUAUUAACAUUUUGUGUGCAGGAGGGCUGUUUUUCUGGGGUGUCACCAAUACUUCGCGGGAGUCUACCAUGUACCCCAAGGCAGUGCAGGACCUGUGUGGCUGGAAGGUCCGCAGUCUGGCAUGCGGGAAAAGCAGUAUCGUUAUCGCUGCAGACGACAGCACCAUCAGCUGGGGACCCUCCCCUACCUUUGGCGAGCUGGUAAGUUUUUAAUAAUUAAUUGGUGUAUUUAUUAAGCAGAUUUCUCACACCCAAAGUGCUAUACAAUUAUAGAAAUGUACUUGUGUGCUCAAAAGACUGCUGAAUUUGUGCACCUGUUCUGGCUUCUCAACCCAUUAUGACAUGGGUUUGUGUUUGUUACAGGGAUACGGAGACAACAAGGCCAAGUCCUCCACUACUGCUCAGGAGGUGAAGACCCUGGAUGGAGUUUACGCUGAACAGGUGUGGAGCAGCAACUUAUAAUGAAAACAGUUUUCUGUAGAUGGGAACUGCAUUUAGGUGCAUGUUCACUCUUUGGGCCGAUUCUCACUGUGGUGUUUGGGGUUGCAGGUGAUGAUGGGAUACGCACACUCCCUGGUCAUCGCCAGACAGGAUACUCCACAGGAACAAGAGAAGCUCAAGAAGCUGCCAGAGUACAACCCACGCACGCUCUGAUGGGGCACCAUCCAGCCACCUUACCGUUUGUUUUUCCCAGAGACAACAGAUUCUCUCCAGAAGCACCUGCCCUUUAGGUCAUGAUGGAUGGCUGGGGAGGAUGGGCUCUCAUGAAUAUGUAUGCAUACACUUUGAAAAACAUUCAGGUCUAGUUCAUAGUUUCGGAGGUUAAAUGAGAAAAUGCGGCGCAACAACUAAGACUGAAACAAAUCCACUCUGGACAGAAUUCAUCCUACUCUCACAAUGCUUGUCAGACAUCUACAGCUGGAGAGAGGAACUCUACCACUCAUCUCUCCAAGCACAUUAUUCCUCUCUGCGUUCUACUCCAACUCCAAUCCCCAUGCAACUCCACUGAAGCGUUCACUAUAUUUUCAUGAAGUAUUUUUAUUCUUCUGUUGAACUGAUCAAUGUCCUCUCCCUCACUACAACAGGUGCUACAUCAGUCCUCUUUGGGCAGAUUAAUUUCCAAGCGAGGGAUCACUUCAAGACCAACACUCCAUAUCUGUGCCUUUUGAAACUGUAUUUUGGGGGUAUGGAGUAAAUAUGCUUUUUUUUGUUUCUUCCCAAAGACCAAUUGCUGAAUUUAGUUUAAUUUGUUCAUGGAGUCCAUGGAAGUAUUACUGUUUGUCAGGUUGAUCUGUGUGCGUUGUCAGAACACAAUCAGGAUCUGAGACAUUGUGCCAAGUUGAUGCUCUCCGACCAUUGACUUCUGUUAUAUUCCUUGGUUUGUCUCUACACUUGUAUGAUUAAAUGUUGGUGUUGAGGAUGCGCAACUGUCCCUCAAAGGCCAUUGUCUGCUUGUUGUCAUUCCUGCCCUUUUUCCCAGUGACUCCUUUUAGCCUGCGAAGCAGCUGUGAACACUGCAGUCUUGGGAAUGAAAACCAGCAUGAAUGCGAUUUUGCAAGGACUUGAGUUGUGUGCCUCCGUUUUAGUGUGAAACUACACUUUCUGCACUGCUGUUAAAAUUAUUAUUUUGUAUAGUAUAAACUUCUGUGUUGAGCAUCCUAAAUAAUCCCAUAUCUGUUAUUGUUUAUUUUUAGUAAACUAGAAGGGGAAGAAGCAUGAUGUAAGAUGCAAUCUGAUAGUCCAACUGAUUAUAGGCUACUAAAGCCAAUUACUUACCGCUGCGCAUGGAGUUUGAUGAAAAUCAGAUAAUCACGCUGCAUUAUGCUGCCAUGGAUUUUAAGAAAAUGAAUUGACCACAUGGUGAGCCUGUGUUUCAAAGUUCUUUGCCCCCUCAAUCCAGUAGAGGGCAGCCUGUCACCGUGGGGCAGAGUCGUAUGUUGUGACUGAGGAAUAGUUCGCUGCCAGAGUAUGGCAGCUAGGUAUGUCCUCAACUAACGAGCAGGAUGGACAGAUUUCACUUUUUAAGUUUCACAAAGUCUCUUUAAAGACGAAAUUUUCUCAAUGAACAUUUAAAGCAUCACAAUGACCCCUUCAAGAGAUCAUUCUAGCAUCAAACACUGGCGUAGGACAUUAUUUUUUCUUCCGUGUUUUGCGGUUCACAGGACACAACUCUGCGCGGCAAGGUUCAUUGCCCGCGCCCAGCACGCAUCGAGUUAGUUGACUGUGAGGAACCGUGGCACGCCGCGUGGCCAUCUUCAUCGAGAAAGAGUAAGGACGGCCAGGGGACACCUGAUACCUAACGUGGUGGUCCGCGACGUCGCUGCGGAGGCAAUCACACGGUGAGGAGAGAAGACCAGAACCCAUAUUCAGUCUUGGAGAAAGAAUGCUGAUCUAGGACCAGUUUGGCCUUUUAGAUCAUAAUGAAUAAGAUUACAUGUACAUGAGGGACCUGAUUCUAGAUCAGCACUCCUACUCUGAGACGCUUUAUGAAUACAGGCUCUGAUCCCUGUUGUCACAAAUACCCCAUGAGCAAGAAAUGUGCAUUUUAGAAACAGAAAUCAAACAAUGAUAUUAUAUUAGUGAUGUCCCCCCCCCUCCCUUUGCAUAAUUGCUGAAUGAAGAGCAUUUGAGUCAUUUAAGACACUCUUAUCCAGAGCAACCUACAGCGUUCCCUUCAUGUUUAAUUAAUAAACCUGUAGAUGGAGACCUCUUCAAUCUGAUCCUUCAAUCUGGGCGCUAAAAGGGAGCUGAGCGGAUCUGAUAACAUUUUGGCCAUGUGUAGCUCAGUUGGUAGAGCAUGGCGCUUGCAAUGCCAGGGUUGUGGGUUCGUUUCCCACGGGGGGCCAGUAUGAAAAAUGUAUGCACUCACUAACUGUAAGUCGCUCUGGAUAAGAGCGUCUGCUAAAUGACUCAAAUGUAAUGUAAAAUGUACCGGCCUGUGUUUUAAAGGGAUAGUCCACUCAAAGUAUGAGUUUUCACUUGCAUUGGCUGUAGUUGAUUCGCGAAGACCGGUUUUUUUUCUCUCUCACUUUUGUUUUGUUAGCACGAGGUAUGUAAACUGUGUGUGUGUGUGUCCAGCUGAUAUUGGACUCCCAGAAGCGGGUGUUUUCCUGGGGCUUUGGUGGUUAUGGACGGCUGGGUCACACGGAGCCGAAGGACGAGAUGGUGCCCAGACUGGUGAAGCUCUUUGACUUCCCCGGGCGCGGGGCAUCCCAAAUCUACACUGGCUAUCAGUGCUCCUUUGCUGUAAAUGAGAUGGGUAUGGGACACAAUGCUUAACCCCUUGGAAUGUCGCACUGAUGAGUAAAUCUCUUUAGAAUUAUUGUAUAUUUUAUUACCCCCAUUAUCAAUUUAUACCACUAUAAACCAAGAAUACUACCGUUACUUCCCCAAGUCUGUGUUGUAAUACCUGAUAUACACUGAGUGUACAAAACAUUGCUCUUUCCAUGACAGACUGACCAGGUGAAAGCUGUGAUCUCUUAUUGAGGUCACCUGUUAAAUCCACUUCAAUCAAUGUAGAUGAAGGGGAGGAGACUGGUUAAAGAAGGAUUGUUAAGCCUUGAGACAAUUGAGACAUGGAUUGUGUAUGUGUGCCAUUCAGAGGGUGAAUAGGCAAGACAAAAGAUUGAAGUGCCUUUGAACAGGGUAUGGUAGUAGGUGCCAGGCGCACUGGUUUGAGUGUGUCAAGAACGGCAGUGCUGCUGGGUUUUUCAUGCUGAACAGUUUCUCGUGUGUAUCAAGAAUGGUCCAUCACCCAAAGAACAUCUAUCGAACUUGACACAACUGUGGGAGGCAUUGGAGUCAACAUGGGCCAGCAGCCCUGUGUAACGCUUUCGAUACCUUGUAGAGUCCAUGCCCCAAUGAACUGAGGCUAUUCGGAGGGCAAAAGGGGUCAAUAUUAGGAAGGUGUUCUUAAUGUUUUGUACACUGAAUGUAUAUUGUAGUGAUUUCAAGGGGUAUCCCAAAUGGGAUUUGAACCUAGCAUCUGUCAGUCUAACACUGUAGCCAUUACGCUAAGAGUUGGACACUUUUGCCAAGGACACUGGUGUUUUUAAUAAGGAAGCUACAAUAUUAACAUUUUGUGUGCAGGAGGGCUGUUUUUCUGGGGUGUCACCAAUACUUCGCGGGAGUCUACCAUGUACCCCAAGGCAGUGCAGGACCUGUGUGGCUGGAAGGUCCGCAGUCUGGCAUGCGGGAAAAGCAGUAUCGUUAUCGCUGCAGACGACAGCACCAUCAGCUGGGGACCCUCCCCUACCUUUGGCGAGCUGGUAAGUUUUUAAUAAUUAAUUGGUGUAUUUAUUAAGCAGAUUUCUCACACCCAAAGUGCUAUACAAUUAUAGAAAUGUACUUGUGUGCUCAAAAGACUGCUGAAUUUGUGCACCUGUUCUGGCUUCUCAACCCAUUAUGACAUGGGUUUGUGUUUGUUACAGGGAUACGGAGACAACAAGGCCAAGUCCUCCACUACUGCUCAGGAGGUGAAGACCCUGGAUGGAGUUUACGCUGAACAGGUGUGGAGCAGCAACUUAUAAUGAAAACAGUUUUCUGUAGAUGGGAACUGCAUUUAGGUGCAUGUUCACUCUUUGGGCCGAUUCUCACUGUGGUGUUUGGGGUUGCAGGUGAUGAUGGGAUACGCACACUCCCUGGUCAUCGCCAGACAGGAUACUCCACAGGAACAAGAGAAGCUCAAGAAGCUGCCAGAGUACAACCCACGCACGCUCUGAUGGGGCACCAUCCAGCCACCUUACCGUUUGUUUUUCCCAGAGACAACAGAUUCUCUCCAGAAGCACCUGCCCUUUAGGUCAUGAUGGAUGGCUGGGGAGGAUGGGCUCUCAUGAAUAUGUAUGCAUACACUUUGAAAAACAUUCAGGUCUAGUUCAUAGUUUCGGAGGUUAAAUGAGAAAAUGCGGCGCAACAACUAAGACUGAAACAAAUCCACUCUGGACAGAAUUCAUCCUACUCUCACAAUGCUUGUCAGACAUCUACAGCUGGAGAGAGGAACUCUACCACUCAUCUCUCCAAGCACAUUAUUCCUCUCUGCGUUCUACUCCAACUCCAAUCCCCAUGCAACUCCACUGAAGCGUUCACUAUAUUUUCAUGAAGUAUUUUUAUUCUUCUGUUGAACUGAUCAAUGUCCUCUCCCUCACUACAACAGGUGCUACAUCAGUCCUCUUUGGGCAGAUUAAUUUCCAAGCGAGGGAUCACUUCAAGACCAACACUCCAUAUCUGUGCCUUUUGAAACUGUAUUUUGGGGGUAUGGAGUAAAUGUGCUUUUUUUUGUUUCUUCCCAAAGACCAAUUACUGAAUUUAGUUUAAUUUGUUCAUGGAGUCCAUGGAAGUAUUACUGUUUGUCAGGUUGAUCUGUGUGCGUUGUCAGAACACAAUCAGGAUCUGAGACAUUGUGCCAAGUUGAUGCUCUCCGACCAUUGACUUCUGUUAUAUUCCUUGGUUUGUCUCUACACUUGUAUGAUUAAAUGUUGGUGUUGAGGAUGCGCAACUGUCCCUCAAAGGCCAUUGUCUGCUUGUUGUCAUUCCUGCCCUUUUUCCCAGUGACUCCUUUUUAGCCUGCGAAAGCAGCUGUGAACACUGCAGUCUUGGGAAUGAAAACCAGCAUGAAUGCGAUUUUGCAAGGACUUGAGUUGUGUGCCUCCGUUUUAGUGUGAAACUACACUUUCUGCACUGCUGUU